AACAUCCUGUGUGCGGUCAAUGUACAACAUGAUUGCAUCACAUCGGAUUCCAGCUGCAAUAUUCAGUACACCCGCGAGAAACAGGAACGUGCUGAAACAAUGAAGACCAAACGUGUCACUCAGCAUACAGCAAAUAAUGCCUAUGUUCUCAACACGCAUUCUCUCCACAAUUAUUCACUCAUUUCAGCUGUCAUUCCACCUGAAAUUCAUGUUCAAAUGGCAUCCCCACAAAUCCCAAACCACGAAGAGAUAUGA